CACUUGUAAACUACAUGACAUCAGUGAGGAAGGGGAAGGUGUGUGUGUGUGUGUGUGUGUGUGGUGAACUGGGCGGGCGCUGUUGCACGUGCUCUGAAUGGGGAAGACGGACUCGCCUCGCGUUCCUAGCGUCCAAUCGAUCCGCGCUCGGGAGGAGCGACGGGAGCGCAACUAUCGCUCCCUUCAUCACAGCACCAUCACUCUCCUCAUCAUCAUCAGCAGCAGCAGCGGCAGCGGCAGCAGCGGUGACUUUAACGCCUUCACUGUGGCUGGUGAACUUGUGUGUGUGGAGUGUGACAGACACAGAAACACCAGCUCUGCGUCUCUUUGGACAGGAUUUACGCACUUUUCGUGACUUUCUGCGACGGGACGCGGUGAGAUCUGGCGCUCACCAUCACUUGUUCUGUGCGGGAUCCGCGGCUCUGGUUCUCCGGUGUAGCAGUGAGCCGCCCUCCUCACCUCUGCCUCACGGGGUUUGGUGGGUUUGUGUGUGUGGAACGUGGACUGCAGCCUCUCCAAAAAUAAGGAUUUAGUGGAAAAAAAACAAGAAAUAAAAAGACAAAUCAGUGGAGUUGAAGUUGGAAGUGACAUUAACAGUUUUCUGAUUCAUCACCUGGAUCCUUUAACUGCAGAGAUCAUGGCAUCGAGUUCAUAGAUUUCGAGGGGCUUCUUCUGUUUGAGGAGAGGAAGAGGAGGAGGAGAGAGGAGGAGAGAGGAGUCGCCAUGACCUGUUCUCCGCUCCGUCCAUAGAGCAGCUGGUCAGUGGAAGACGCAUCAGAAAAGACAGCAGAGACGACGGCAGGAUGAAACUGUGGGGGAGGUCAGCGUGGCCUUUGCAGGUGGCCUUACUCGUUGCCGUGGUGACGCUCUGCGUUGACCUGGUGUCCGCCGGCAGCCGUAACCACCGGGGACAGACAGUGUCGUACCAGGUGAAGCAGGGGACGUGUGAAGUGGUGGCCGUCCAUCGCUGCUGUAAUAAGAAUAAGAUUGAGGAGCGCUCUCAAACUGUCAAGUGUUCCUGUUUCCCGGGGCAGGUCGCCGGCACCACCAGAGCCAGACCUUCAUGUGUGGAAGCCUCCAUUGUAGCGCAGAAGUGGUGGUGCCAGAUGCACCCGUGUAUGGACGGGGAGGAGUGUAAGGUCCUGCCUGACCUGACUGGCUGGUCCUGCAGCACUGGCAACAAAGUCAAAACCACCAAGGUCACACGAUAGCAAGAGAGCCACCGAGCCUGAAACCUGAAACUCUCCAUGUGGAAAGGAAGGAUGACUCAUACACUUAGAGUGUGCGACGAGGGGAAAAUAUCACAGAAAAGGAACCACUGUCAGACGAUCCAUCACAAAACAAUGGGAUAAAAAUGUGCUCAUCACAAACUGUGUACACUCGGAACACAAACCAAUGGACUACAAUAAUGGACACCCAGGGUACAUCCGGACACAAAAUGGAGUCUACGACGGACAACGUGUGACUCAAAAAAAUGGAUUUAAAACAUUUCAAAGUAUAUAUUUCAACAAAGCAUUUGUGAAUGAAAGCUGCGUUCAGAGACAAAAAUGUGGCUCUUACACCGAGAGACGAUGAAACGCGAUAGCAGCUCAUAAACUAGCAGAUUAGCAUCCAAUUGCUCGUGUGGGUCAAGUUGCACACCAUGGAGACCGUUCUGCAGGAGUUCCAAUUAGGGACUGCAGCGUAGGAUCACAACAGCGUAUUAAAAAUUCAUGUAUGAUAUUUGCACUAGUUGAAGCCGUUUGGGAAUGUUUUGUUUUUCUAGAUUAUCUCCCAUCUUUUGCUGUGGAUGUCACAUCAAGCUGAAGGUGAGCAUUUUGUAAAAUGUCUGACCGGACAUAGAUAAGUAUAUAUAUAUAUAUAUAUAUAUAUGUACAUACACACACAUACAUAUAUAUAUGUAGAAAACAUUGCCCCACGUUUCCUCAGUAGUUAUUGGUUAAAAUGGCUCUGGUGAUUGAGCCUCACUCACAUACAGCUUGGUACAAUAUGAACUCUGGAAAAAGAAAAAAAGUGUGAUUCAUCCGUCUCAUUUUUGACCAGGAACGUUUUCAAGCUCAGCCUUCCAACUUAUAUCUCUUUCAUGGAUUAUAAUCUGUGACAUCUCUUAUGUUCACUGUUAAAACAAGGCCCAUAAAAUGUUCAAACACA